AUGUCGGACAAAGAAUGUUCUGGAAGUUCCACGUCGGAAUCAUCUAGUUCAUCAUCAUCAUCCGAAACAGAAACGGACUGCGCGGACAAAUCGGAAGCAGAGACCGACAAUGAAAAAGAUUGCGCAGAAAAAAAAUCAGAAACGGACUGCGCCGUCGAAAAGUCCGAAUCAGAUUGCGUGGAAAAAUCCGAUUCGGAUACCACAAAAACUAAAAAACCAGAACCGCAACAACCUCCUGAACUAUGCAAUGUCAAAACUCAAACUAACGAUAGCAAAAAAGAUUGUGAAACAGAAAAAAUAGCUAUAAUAAAAAAAGAAAUAAAAACCAUUAAAAAGAAGGACGCAUGUACACAAACAGAAGAGAUAGCAGUCGGAGAAUCAGCUAUAUUAUGUACAAUAGAGGCUGAUACCCCUGAAGAUAAAAUUAUGGCUUGGUUUAACCCUGUCGAUCAGCAUUGGGAUGGCUAA